GCAUGUUGGAGAAAAUGAGCCCUCUGGAUGACGUCCCGUUUCAGACCCCACUUGGUCCACUGCGGGAAGAAGUACAGCUUGUGACAGUCCCAGACAUCACUUUACCAGACUGUGGUUGGAUACUACGAGACACUGAGUAUGGUUUCAACUUGGAGAAAUGGAUUUUAACUGGGCAGCAGCUGGACUGUAAGGCCCCCUCCUGCCCCCCCUACUGGCUGAUGUUUAGAACUCCUCAAAAGAGUCGCAGAACCAGACGCAGGAGCAGCGACCCCUGGAUCGUAUCUGCUCGGCCCCGCAGUAACAGCCUGAACUCUGUAGACUCUUGCUGGCAGCGCCAUUGCACUGUGAGGUUCCUCAUAUCUGACUCUGAGGAUGAUGAUGGUUACUUUGAGGAUACUGAAGGCUCCUCCGCAGAAGAUACACACCGCCCCAUCAUGAGCAGAGAAUUGCCUUGGAGCUCUGCACCUAAAGACCCGCUCUCCAGAGUCAAAGACAUGCACUGUGCUCAUUCCUCUCACCACUGUAGGCCUGCAUCAUCUCAGGGCCUCAGAAGAUCCAGAGGCUCCUCACCUUCUCUUCAAAACAGCAGACAACCUCUACGAGCCCUUGAGCAGCACAGGUCUGAUCAGGCCAGCCCAAUCCCUCCUGGGCAGAAAAAUACCAAAAAGAAAAGUUCACUUAGAUCUGUGGUCCGAAAAUUCUCCCAAAACACACCCCCUCCCUCCAGGCUUAAACAGAUACGACCUUCCUCUGCAGGGCCUUUGGUCAAACACCACAGACAGGGCCUGAGAACAGGCAGCUCCUGUGGGGUUUUCUUUGACUCUGCAGCAGAGUUGAUGUCAGCACUCGGCCAAGAGGAGAGGGAGCUACUUGAAACCAUCACAGAGAAGGGCUACCCUCUGCGCACAGCCAUUCUGGCUCUUCAGAAGACCGGCUUUCACAGCCCAGAUAAGAUCCUAAAAUACCUGGCGGCAAGUUACCGUCUCUGCGAGCUGGGUUUCGAGGAAGCACAGGUGGAGGAGGCCAUGGAGAUGUUUCAGAACUGUGAAAGCAAGGCUGCAGAGUUCCUGCACCUCCUGACACAGUUUAAUGAGAUGGGUUUUCAGCAAAGUGCCAUCAAAGAAGUGCUGCUUGUACAUGAAAAUCACCGUGAACGAGCGCUUGAAGAACUCAUGACACGCAUGGCGUAAACAUAACAUCUUGUUUCUGCUGUGUGUUACAGAAUAACCUGACGUCUACAGUGUAUGUGAAAAGCACUAUAAAACAUCAGAUAGUGUGGACAGAAACAGAUGACACAAACUAUUACAUUACUUGAACUCAGAUGAGAAACAAAACAUCAAUCAAAAUUUAAAAUGACAGAAGGAGACCAUUUCAUGAGGAAAAGGUUGAAAGGAUUAACCUUUUUAAAAGCAUUUAUUUACAGCUUAUUACAAAAAGCACUGAAAAUAUUACACUUGUGAAGAGCUGUCAUUCCAGCUGGAGAAAGAAAAUAAUUGUGCACUGAAUAUCUGCUACAGUGCUAACACAAUGUAGUGCUCUAGGUAUAGUCAUGUUUCAGUUAAAAGGCUGUAUCCCAUCCCCCUAAAAAGUCAAAUAAAAAGCCACAACCGCUGUGGUACAAACAUCAUUAACUUGCACACCAAUACAAACAUUAUAAACGGCUUCAGUUGAAAGCCUGAUAAAAAUCGUAAAAACAGAAUGUAGAAAGACCAAAGAUGGUUACACAGAUGUAAAUAUUUACAGGUUAUGUAAGAAGUUUACAUUAAGGUUCACCCCCACCCCCCUUGUCCUCUAUAUAAAAACCACACCAAAUUGUUGCAAGGCUCUAGGGUAGCUUUGAUCCAUCACUGAUGACUGACAGUGGAGUUCAGAAUACCUGUCUUCACGGUCGAUUUAGAAGCUUUCGAGAGGUCUCUCUGUGAAGAAAAGUCAAAACAACCAUCAGUAUCUUUGUUAAGACGAGACAUCAUGUACAAGUCAAUGUGUGUCCACAUGGUGUAGCAUGUAAGAAUGAUGCCUAAUACUUUGUGAAACAUAUUUUUGUCCUGAAGUCAGAGCAAUGUGUUGGAAGGUUAAACUGUGGCCUAGAAAACCUUGUUGUUGAGUCUUUGGUUUUAAGGAUUUUAAUUGGAUGAUU